GCUCAUGGCUUGGAUUACGAGACUAAUGAGACAGACUAUGAAUCUUCCGGUGCUUCCGAUGAUAGCGAUGAGAGCACCGGGUGUUCAGUCGACCAGUUUUUAACUGAUAUGACACCUGAGGAUAUUAACGACCAAAACAUAAGCCGUUCCCAUAUUGUGAACAGUUUUAACGAGACAAUCGCACGGGUGGUACGUUUGGACAAGAUGCUUGGUGAUUUUGCUAAUAAAAUGCAAAAGCCCUUGGCCAUUCGGGUCAUGGAUGUGAUGUAUACGUCCCCACCGGAAACCCUCGGACAGGCAUUUGAGGGAAAAUAUUGCUUCAUAAAAGUCAUUAUACCUUAUGAUAGCCGGGAAACCCGUGAAUUCAAAUCGUAUACAUUUGACUGGAAUAAUGAUUUUGAGGCCAAUAUAUACGGGAUGAAAGAUAUUGUCAACGAUUAUAUCCGGGUGUUUAAUGGCGUGACCCAUCGUAUGGGCAUCUGUAUGCCGUCCACGUGCACGGCCAUCGAGAUGCAAAAUAUCAUCAAUGAAAUCCAGUUCCCAUUAACCAGGUUUCCCAUUGAGAUGAGUGAACUCGAGUGCACCACUAAAUACGAGACUAAAACAUACCGUUGGAGUCAACUAUUUUCCAUAAUAUUCUUUGCAAUCAUAUUGACCCUGCCAAUUAUAACCCCAUUACAAGUGUUGAAGUUUCCUGGAUAUAUGUUGGAUAAGCACAUCCCAGGCCUCACUGUCCAGGCUCAUGGCUUGGAUUACGAGACUAAUGAUACAGACUAUGAAUCGUCCGGUGCUUCUGGUGAUAGCGAUGAGAGCACCGGGUGUUCAGUCGACCAGUUUCUAACUGAUAUGACACCCGAGGAUAUUAACGACCAAAACAUAAGCCGUUCCCAUAUUGUGAACAGUUUUAACGAGACAAUCGCACGGGUGGUACGUUUGGACAAGAUGCUUGAUCUGGACUCAUUUAUUACAUCAAUAUUACCAUCGGGCAUGAGCCAGGGCAGUUUUAGUACAUACGGCAAUUAUGAUCAAUGUCUUAAAGUCAAGUCCCCACCGGAAACCCUUGGACAGGCAUUUGAGGGGAAAUAUUGCUUCAUAAAAGUCAUAAUACCUUAUGAUAGCCGGGAAACCCGUGAAUUCAAAUCGUAUACCUUUGACUGGAAUAAUGAUUUUGAGGCCAAUAUAUACGGGAUGAAAGAUAUUGUCAACGAUUAUAUCCGGGUGUUUAAUGGCGUGACCCAUCGUAUGGGCAUUUGUAUACCAUCCACGUGUAUGGCCAUCGAGAUGCAAAAUAUCAUCAAUGAAAUCCAGUUCCCAUUAACCAGGUUUCCCAUUGAGAUGAGUGAACUCGAGUGCACCACUAAAUACGAGACUAAAACAUACCGUUGGAGUCAACUAUUUUCCAUAAUAUUCUUUGCAAUCAUAUUGACCCUGAAUAUUCUUUGCAAUCAUAUUGACCCUGGACUGUUACCCUUUCUGAACGACAUGUGGAGGAAUUCCCUGUAUUUCUACUUGCACCAGGGUUAUAUGGUCGAGAUGUUCACCGUUAUAACUGGUUUCCUCACCUCCUACUCCAUACUAAACAAACUAAACCGGGAUAGUAGCAAAUUUAAUUACAUAACACACGUAUUAAAAAUAUACCUCAAAACUACCCUGGUAAUGAUCGGACACCUGAUAAUAGUGCACAUAUUGGACACCAUAGGACAGGGACCUCAUUGGAAACGCUUCGGUCAAAUGAAUUACAUUCAAAACUGUGACAACUUUUUCGACAAUUAUAUUCUUCACACUCAAAACUAUAUGCUAUUUAAUAGGAAUAUUCUUAACAUGUGCGCUCCAUACGCUUACUACCUGUGCGUUUAUAUACACCUAUCCAUAUUAGCACCGCGUCGGUCGAGUCAUAUGGAGCGCCGGUAUCUGUUGGCUAUUCUAUAUUACAGCCAAUGGUCGGUCAGUGUAAUUAAUUUACGCUGGAUACGAGUGUUUGCCAAAUUUGCCCUGGGUAUAUACAUGUUCCAGUUCAGAAUAUUCAUGCUGGAUAUACGGUCGAGAACGCACCCGGAUUACUUUACGCUCAAUUAUUUUUGGAAAAAAGUAUUUUUUGAUUUAAUAACUACCUGUGCGGUCACCUAUAUAUUUAUGAUGACUAUCGAGACGUUUGCCACAUAUUUACUGGAGCUGACGUGUCGGUUCCAGAGGUUCCACAGAAGUCGUACACAAGUACUCGACACAGCAUUCAAACAGCUCCUGUCCAUCGAUUGUCUCGUGAAUACGGCUGACUGUCUGGCGAUA